UGCAGCAUUGGUAGUUGCGUCACCAUGUCGCAUUGCAUGUCGCCCGCGCUUCCUCGCGCCCAAAUGCUCCCGGCACUGCGACGCGCCUUCUCUCCCCCUGCCCUCGCACCUCCCCCUGCCCCCGCGCCUCCGUAUCUUUCCCGCCCACCUGCCGCAUCCGCUCGUCCCUCGCCAUCUCGCUGCCACGCGCCACUAACCACUGCGCGCCGCUGCAGUUACCCCGUCAGUCAACGCGAGUCAACGCGUCGGCGGGUGGCGGCCAGCGUCACUCCCAGUCAACCGCCGCCGGAGGCUGCAUCGCCUCGGAUCCGCCCGUCGGCGCCAGAGCCGGCCAUCGAGGCACGUCAGGCGUCGGACGCGGCGUUGGAUGCGGCAGCGCCAUCCCGCGGGGCAGCAGCGUCGUGGGCGGCGCCGCUAGCGGGCGUGGAGGUGGUGGGGGCGGAUGGCGCGCGAGUGGCGCUGACGGGGCUGUGGGCGACGCGGCGAGUGGUGGUGGCGUGGACCCGCCACUUCGGCUGUCUUCUCUGUCGCAAGCGCGCCACUAUGCUGGCCAAUGAGAAGGACGCAUUUGAAGCAGCAGGCGUCACUCUCAUCGUUAUCGGCCCGGGCUCCGAUCAACAUGCAAAGCAGUUUUUGGAGCAAACCAACUUCCCAGGAGAGGUGUAUGCGGACCGCCAGCGCGCGUCGUACGAGGCGCUGCAGUUCGUGGCGGGGCUCUCCACCGUCUUCACGCCCACCGCGGCGCUUAGUGUGGCCAAGGCGCGGCUGGAGGGCUUCAAGCAGGACUGGGGGCAGUCCAUGCAGCCCGACACCGUGCUCCGCAGCGCAUGGCAGCAGGGCGGCAUGAUUGUGGCAGGGCCGGGCGUCGACAACCUGCUCUUCCUGCACAAGGACAAGGAGGCAGGCGAUGAGCCGGACGUGCAUGACAUCAUUGCUGCUGCGCGCCAACCCCUGCCGUGACUUUAGGUCAUCCGCUCAUCAAUGUUAUGCCAAUCGUUUUCCGGCCCUCAUAUUGGGCAUACCCACCUGCGCAUCAAGGUCGAUUGUUGCCAGCCCUUAGAUUGCACGAGUGGCAUUGCAUUGCAGGGGACCGCAUGUCAACAUAUAUUUGUAUAUGUUAUAGGCUAGAUAGGUGCAUGCUCUUAGAGGGUACAACACCAGGCCCCCAAAUUGCAGACUUUUUACUCUGAUUCAGACUUUUUUCAGAGUUUUUUUGGGGGUGUACUCUGAUUCCAAAGACUUUUUUUUGUAUGUUACUCUGAUUUUUCAGAGAAGUUUUAUGUACCUACUCUG